AUGAGCCAAGACGACGACUUCGAUACCGAAGCCUCGAGGCGCAGAUACAAAGCUCCAUACACGGCUCACCACCCAAUCCCUACAAUCCAGAAAUACAAAGCGGAGCGCAGCGAGUUGGAGGGCCAGCAGAAGCAGGCCGAAAAGGCCCAGAAGGACGAAGACGACGACCCCACCGUAAAAAGGGCCUAUCAUGCUGCAAAAGACAUCCUGAAGGGGGAAGACGGUGGUGCUCCGCAUUCCGGUCAUGAUCCUUACCGUACGGAGAACAGGAACAUGCAGAGUGCUGGCCAAAGAGACCAUGCUGAUGCUGAUGGGCAUGCCGAUGGAGAUGCUGAAUCAGACGCACAGUCGCGGUCGCGGUCAACCAGCCAGCAACAACCAGCUAGUUUCCCGGAAGGCAAAGUCGAUGACCGGGGUGGUGGUGAUAGCAGCAGCAAAAAAUCAGAAAAAAAACAGGGCAAGAAGUCCGCCACAGAGGCUGUUGCAGGACACCACGACCCACGACAGAAACGAAAGGACAUGAAACAUAUGGCACGCGACGAUGGUGGUCGAGAAGUGACCGACCCGGUCACGCAUUUGCCCAUUGUCAUCCGUGACUCAACACACAAGGAUCUCAAGUCAGCACCUGAGAACAUAGUCGCAUCAGGGAAUGUGCCGCGCACCAGCACGGGACUUAGUGGUGCCACCAAGUCCGACGACCAGCUUCAAAGUGAGCAGUCCGAGUUCCAGCAAAGCCAUGAUGGCAUGCAGAAAUUAUUCCCGCCGCCAUCUUUCGAGGACCUGAAGCUUGAGUUGUCUAGGACCUACCAGCUAGCAUUGACAGUCGGAUUAGGUUCGGUUGUGUUGUUGGUCUCCUUGGCCUUGACUGCCGUUCAAGGUUUUGGGUUGGAUUUCAGCAGGUCUGACCACAGCACUUCGUUUUUGUAUUCUGUCAUACCAGCCGUGGCCAUUCUGUCCACAUCCGUGGGGAUUGGAUUUGCAGUCGUUGUCGCGACCCGAAGCUGGCUUGGGAAGAAGGUUGAAGAGGUAUGGAAAGAUGAAGUCUGGGACGCGGCGCGCUCCAAGGAACUCGAGGCCAAUCAUUCAAAUACCAUCGUGCCCGAGUCUGUGGCGUGGUUGAACAACCUCCUGGCUGCCGUCUGGCCUUUGAUCAACCCAGAUCUCUUCGCUUCAAUUUCUGAUAUGCUUGAGGAUGUCAUGCAGGCUUCACUGCCAAAGGUGGUACGUAUGGUCAGCGUAGAUGACCUCGGGCAAGGGAGUGAGUCAUUCCGAAUCCUCGGUGUUAAUUGGCUUCCCACUGGUGCUGCUAGCCAGUCUGUUGACUCUGACGGCGAGCUAAAAGACGCUGGCAAUGAAGGUGAUGACAAUGAUCGUGCAACGGCUGGCCAGGGUCAAAUCGACAACGAUGCCUCUGAAGCCAAUGGCGACAAUGAGGAUGCCUCGAAGGACAGUAAGCUGGACAAGCAACAGAAGGAGCAAGAACAGCAAGCUAUUCGUGAAGGUAUGGAAGCUGAACAGGGUGACUUCGUCAAUAUGGAGCUAGCAUUCGCCUAUCGGGCCCGUUCAUCGGGCAAGUCCAUACAAGCGAAGGCAAAGAAUGCACACUUAUAUCUCAAAUUUUACCUCCCCGGAGGCAUCGCGGUUCCAGUCUGGGUCGAGCUGCGCGGCAUUAUUGGAACGAUGAGACUGCGUUUGCAACUCACGCCCGACCCUCCGUUCUUCAGUCUGUGUACACUUUCAUUUAUGGGCCAGCCGCAGGCGGAUCUCUCAUGCAUUCCACUGUCACGCCAUGCGCUCAAUCUGAUGGACGUUCCACUGAUCUCAUCUUUCGUGCAAUCGUCGAUUGACGCAGCACUUGCCGAGUAUGUUGCACCGAAGAGCCUGACGCUCAAUCUCAAGGACAUGCUGGUCGGCGAUGAUUUCAAGAAAGACACGAUCACUCGAGGCGUAGUCAUGAUCCACAUCAAGUCUGCGAGUGGGUUCAAGGAAGGUGAUGGUGGUAUUGGUCCAUUCAGGGGCUCAAGUGAUUCCUACAUGACAGUCUCGUGGGGCAAGUUUGGGAAACCCGUGGCCUCAACUCGCGUCAUAGUUGACGACCAGGAACCUAGCUGGCAUGAAUGGGCCCACAUUCUCGUUACUCCAGAAGAACUGAACGCAGGCGAGAAGCUUCGUCUCCAGCUUUGGGAUUCUGACAAAUAUAGUGCUGAUGACGACUUGGGCCGUGUGGAGGUCGACCUGCGCGAACUCAUGUAUGGCAACGACACAAAGAACAAGAUGUGCGACCGAGAAGACCGGUUUGUAGGCGAAGACCCCGACGAGAAGAUGCCAGGUUCAGUGCAGUGGAGCGUGGGAUACUUCGAAAAGACCAAGAUCACGGAAGGGCAGCUCGCGAAACAGACUGAGGAUCCUAACAUCAGAACGAUAGAAGAACUCAAGAAGCAGGUCAGCGAGUCUGCUGAGCACAAGUUGCGUGAAGCUACUGCUCAAGAUGAGAGUAAGGAAAUCAAGCAGCAGAAACAAGAAGAUUACAAGGAGCGAGAAGAUGCAUUGAUCAUCUCCUCACCGCCUCCAAACGAUCAUCUGAGUGGCAUUUUCAGCAUCCAGAUCCAUAAUAUCACCGGUCUCGAAGUGGAAUCGUUGCAGAAGAAGGACAAGAAGCAUACUGAGGGGAACCGAGAGGAUGAAGCAGAGCAGUCUGAUGACCUCCCUAGCAGCUACGCCACGAUAAUCCUCAAUCACCAGAAGAUCUACCGGACAAGAACAAAGCCGAAGAAUGCAAAACCCUUCUUCAAUGCAGGUACGGAACGUUUUAUUGCCAACUGGCAGACUGCAGAAGUCAUGAUUUCGGUGCGUGACGAUCGCGAAAAAGAAGACGAUGCACUUCUUGGCAUAGUGUACUUGCCCCUGCGUAGAGUCUUCGAGAAGAGGAGUCAAAUUAUGCAGUCAUACCCACUCGUCGGUGGCAUCGGUUAUGGAAGAGCGAGAGUCAGUAUGGUCUGGCGAAGUGUGGAUUUACAAUUACCGAAGGAAUUGCUUGGUUGGAACUACGGGACGCUUGAAGUCAAAUGCCCCGUAAGAGGGAAGUCCACAGAUAACAACGCCGGUGGUGAAUCCCUCAUGCAACACCGCAUCAAAGUUCGCACGACUCUGAUGCGAGCUAAGAUGCAGCCUGCUGCAGUUGAAGGCCACGAUAGCACAGUAAGCGAAUGGAAGCCAAAACGGGACAAAGAGUCCAUCUUCCUCGCGGUGCGAAAGCGGUAUGCUAGUCCGUUGAUCAUCGAAUUCCGCAAAUCCUCGUUGGGCCCAGACUCGACGCCUGCUUUUGCAGUCUUCUGGCUCAAGGACAUUCCCGACGAAGAGGAGAAAACUGUGACUGUGAAAAUAUGGAAUGGAGGAAAGGAGAACAUCAAACGAGCAACCUCAAGUUACGGGUAUGAAGGAUUCGAGGAAAAUGAGAAACCACUAGGUGAGAUCGAUCUCACAUUGAAAUUCUGGCGCGGUCUCAGUGGGUACCAUAAGCGCUACGCGAACAAGGGGCGGAACAGUGACGUGCGGAAUGUGAUGGAAGUCCUGGACACAGCCAACGACGAAGGACAAGUCGAGAACGGGGACGACGCCGAAGGCACAGAAGGAUCCGACAGCGACUUCUCGUCGUCACGCUCUUCGUCCCAAUCAACAAGCCGUCGCGACCGCAAGCUCCGUACACACACCAAUGACACCUCCAGCGGCAUUGAUUCAGACGACGCUGGCGAAUCCGAACACCCAUCGAAGAAACUUGCCAAGACACCACUGAAGACCGCGAAAGACACCAUCACGAGCCUUGCGGACGUCGACGGCCACAAUGAUGCUAGUGAUGGCGAGCGCGGCGCUCGUGCCCAGGUCCGUGACUACAAGGACCACCAUAAGCAGCUGCACCGCAAGCAUCGCGGGGUCAUGCAGUGGAAAGGCGCCAGGACUCUCGACUGGAUGGCUGGGAGGGUCAAGAGGUCUAAAGACCGUGUCGGUGAUCUCUUUCACCAUGGCGAUGAUGCCAAGGCCGGCGGUAUUGAGACUGAGGUUUGA